AUGCUACUCAGUACGGUGCGCUUGCUCACACCCCUUGUCGGGGUUCUGCUCUCCUUCUCCUUCCCUCUUGCCCAAUGUCUUCCUGUGGGAGGAAACCUGGUCUCGAGCCCAGGUAAGUUACAGCCAGCAGCUGUUGUUUCUGUCAUCACUCGCCCCACCGACACUGUCAACAUCCUCCACCACAGAGCUGAGACAGCCAUCACCAUCCACAAUACGGUUGCUUCCGGCAAGAAUCUAUACAUCUACAUCACGGGUGACGUAGACACCUCAGGCUCGCAGUCGAUGCUGCAGACCAACGGCCAGUGGCUCACCCUCAACGCAGGAGGCUCGGUCACCCCCGUCAACGUCACAAGGGACGUCGGCUUCCUCGCCAAGCACGGCCAGUCCACCACGCUCACCUUGCCCAGCUACAUCAGCUCGGCACGCAUGUACGCUUUCGAGGGCGCGCAGAUGGAGUGGCAGAUGGUUGGGGCGGCCAGCGGCAUCACCACUGUCGUGCAGCCGGUCGUCACCGAUCCGGGCACGCUGGCCUACGACACGCGCUGGGGCUUCAUCGAACUCACUAGCGGCGACGAGGAAUUCUUUGUAAACCUCUCCUUUGUGGACUUUGUUGCCUUGGCUUUUGGCAUCGCUGUCACCGAUGAGAGCGGUGCAAACCACACCAUCCCAGGCCUCAUGAACACGCUCCCCGGCUCAGCUAACACCACCGCCGCCGCCGCCGCAACCACCCCGGCCGAGAAAAUCUGCGCCGGCCUCCAGCAGCAGGCCGAGAAGGACGGCAACAAAUGGGGCGAGCUGUGCAUCUACGGCGAUGACAACAACAGCACCCUCCUCCGCGUCCUGUCCCCCCAGGACGGCGCCGAGCAGCACAUCGCCUUCGCCAGCGACGACUACUACGAACCCUACAUCACCAAGGUCUGGCAGCGCUACGCCAAGCAGCCGCUAUACAUCGACACGCAGCAGGCGGGCCUCGGCACCAUCAACGACACCAUCGUCUCGUGCACGGUGGACGCGGCGACGGACGACGCCCUGGUCUGCACGGGCACGGCGGUGCGCAUGCCGCGGCCCACGACGGCUGACAUCUGGGGCUGCAACAGCGGCGCCUUUGCCAUCAACGCCACUGCCGACAAUGCCUUCAAGGCCAUUGUGCCGCGUGUGUGCGCGGCCUUCACGCGGUCCACCCUGCUCGUCGAGGGCGGGCAUGUGCAGCCUGGUCCGCCGGCGGCCAUGUUCUACCGGGAGGCCGACAUCACCAACCACUAUGCACGGGUUGUUCAUGCCCAUGAGACGGUGGGAGGAUACGCUUUUGCUUAUGAUGAUGUUGCGGUCGGGUCGCAGGAUCCCGAGGGGGCUGUCCAGGUGAGCAGCGCAAAGACCUUGGAGGUUUACAUUGGUGGUUGA